GAGCCAUUCUUGUAGAGAAACCAAAUAUAAAAUGGUCUGAUGUUGCUGGCUUAGAAGGUGCAAAAGAAGCCUUAAAAGAAGCUGUUAUUUUUCCUAUUAAAUUUCCCCUUUUUUUUACCGGUAAAAGAAAACCUUGGAAAGGAAUUUUAUUGUUUGGUCCUGCUGGAACAGGAAAAUCUUUCCUGGCAAAAGCAGUUGCCACUGAAGCAAAUAAUUCCACCUUUUUUUCUGUCUCACCUUCAAGUCUACUUUCUAAAUGGAGCGGUGAAAGUGAAAAGUUAGUGAAAAAUCUAUUUGAUAUGGCGCGACAACAAAAGCCUAGUAUUAUAUUCAUGGAUGAAAUAAAUUCUUUGUUUAGCUCACGAUCUAAUAAUGAAUCGGAAUCAGCCAGGGGAAUAAAAACAGAAUUUUUAGUUCAGAUGCAAG